AUGAGCGAGCUUUACGACGUCGUCAUUGCGGGCGCUGGGCCUGUCGGGCUCUUCCUGGCUUGUGAGGUCGCGGUAGGCGGCGCGUCGGUGCUGGUUCUGGAACGGGAUCCCACGCCCGAGUCGCCCUGGGAAAGCAAGCCCCUGGGCCUCCGCGGCCUCAACACGGGGUCGGUUGAGGCCUUUUACCGCCCCCUGAUUCCCGGCAUCGUCUACGUCGACGACGUCGAGAAGAUUCUGACGGAGCGUGCCGAGAGCCUGGGUGUUACUAUUCUCAGGGGCAAGGACCUUGCGCGCCAGGCCACGAACUACUGCCGCGGCCGCACCCUGCUUGCCGGCGACGCAGCUCACAUUCACGCUCCCCUCGGCGGGCAGGGCAUGAACCUCGGCUGGAAGUUGGCGGCCACAGUUCGGCACGAGUCUUCGAAAGCGCCAGACCACGACCACGGGCCCCUGGCGCUGCUCGGCUCGGACGGGGCGGAGCGCGAGCCGAUCAUCGCCAUGUCGCCCGACGUCCACGGCGCCGCCGUCCGCUCGCUCAUGGCGGAUCUUCUCGCCACCGCCGACGGCACCAACCUCGCGCUCGGCCGCUCGUGGGGCCUAUCGCUGCGCUAUAGCCUCAACAGCGACGACACCGGGGGCCCGAGUGCCCACCCGUGCGUUGGCUGCAGCGCUCUCGACUUUGAGCUGUCGGACCGUUCGAGGCUGGGGGCAUACCUGGGGCAGGGCAGGGGGCUGCUGUUCAGCCUCUCAGCCGGGGACAGCGAUACCGACGACACAGCGGCCGCGCUCAAGGAUCUCGUUGUGGCUGUAGGCUUCAAGUAUGCCGGCAGGGUCGACUAUCUCGCUGCCGACGCAAAGGACACAUGCGGGCUCCGUGCGUUGCUGAUCCGACCCGACGGCGUCGUUGCGUGGGUAGCAGCCGAAGGGGAAGCGAAGCCUGACGUGGAUGCGGCAAGGACAGCACUGGAGCGGUGGUUUGCUUUCUGA